UGGAUUCUGCAUUUGAAGGCAAACCUCUAUGCUGAAGUAUCACCUUUAAAGCUCUUUCCAGCACAUCAUCUGGCUGUGAAUUCUGCAAACUGGAAACUGACGACUUCAGCCAGGAUAUUCUUUUUAGCUUAAUUCUGGUUCUUCUGCUUGCAGAUUUCUCCAUCUCACAUGGGAGGCUUUGAACAAGUUUUACAGAAAAGCAGACAUGAAACACUGACAGCGUUUGGAAAUAAACCCUGGCAGUAAGAUGGAAGCAUAAAUCUCAAGACUUUAAACCAAAACAGAAAUGGCUUGUGAUUAUUGAAACAAGGCACCUAAGAGCCUCCAACACUUCUGUGUGAGCAGCAGAAAAGGAACAUCUACAAUGGUAACACUAAUAACAGAAAAGCUGCAGAACCAGAGCUUGGAUGAUCUGACGUGUAAAACGUACAAUAUUAAUCUGUACUCAUCUGAGAAGUUGAACAAAAGUGGCAGCUUGUUCUCUUUCGAAAUCAACGAAGACAGUCCUUGGAAAGCUUUAAAUGGGGGUUGUCCAAUUCAGACUGAUGCCAGGAAUUCUGCCUACCCUUUCCCAGUGUGCCCCUUCAGCACCGGCCCUGCCAGCAAUGGCGCUUUGCAGUGGCAGCAGGAACCCUCCAGCACAUCCAUGGUGUCAGGAUGGAUCAGUGAGUUAAACCUCAAUGAAAACUCUGGUCAGCCUUUGGCACCACCCACAAAACGCCACUGCAGGUCCCUCUCGGAGCCAGACGAGCUGGCUCGCUGUCGCUCACCCUGGAAACCUGGCAAUUCAAAGGUUUGGACUCCCGUGUCAAAGAGACGAUGCAACAGCGGUGGCAGCGCGACCUUGCAACGCUGCAACAGUCAUGGAAGCGCGACCUUGCAGAGAAGCACAAGCAUCAGCCUGCCACAAAACAUACUGUCCCUCAAUAAUGUCUUCACCGUCACCAGCUUCAACACAUCACCAGUACCGAGACCUUCCUCUGCCAGCAGCGGGUUUGUGGACAGCAGUGAGGGAAGCACGAGCUCCAGUACCCGCUGGAAUUCCGGAGGGCCCUGUGACUUUAACCCAAGGCGCCGCCUCUCCCUCUCCCAGGAGCACAUCACCGAGACCGGGAAUCUUUUGCCUUCAGCCAACAGCACUCCCACCUCCACACCUGAGCUCAGCCGACGUCAGGGCUUGUUGAGGUGCCGCUCUCAGCCUUGUGUUCUGAAUGAGAAGAAAAGCCGGCUAAAGCGCAGACGGGAGGAGGAUGUACGAUGGAACAGGCCAUCUUUAGACUUUUUUAAAAUGACACGGACUUUAAAAAAUUCCAAAAGUCUUUGCUCCCUUGAUUAUGAAGACGAUGAUGAUGACACGCAAAUGAAGACAAUUGUGUCAUCCCCAUGUGACUCAAAUGAUCUUAUGAACAUCAUCACCCCUGGUUCCAGUCCAAUGAAAGAACAGCUGGAUGAAGUAAGGCAUCACGGGUCAUGCCAAGGUAGCUUCAAAACAAGGGAUUAUAAGAAAGCAGCUGCAGUAUGUGAAAGCGAUGAGGACACAAGUGAUUGUGAGAGCACUGAAGAGGGCAUCUUUCCUCUAGACUGUGGGGACUUGGACCUAGAGCAGAUUGAAAACAACUGAGUCUCAAAGCUGUGUGCUAGAAUCAGAGUUGUUCUAAAUUAAAAUGAUAGAGGAUUACCUUUGCCAUGCAUAAUCCAUGUCCCUGAAUCUCUGUAUUGCCUAUCUUGGGCCUGUGUUAGAAGAAAUGUUUCAGGUGGGGGAAAAAUGUGAACCAUUGUUACCUGUUUAGUCUAUUGAUCAGUAUGUGGAUGACGAUAACAACAACAACAAAAA